AUGACAGGCAUGGACAACCUCGCUGGCUCGCUGAAGAGGAAAUCGCCAGAAGCAGAAGAGCACGGCGAAGGACACGACCCCAAGCAACAGGAGAAGAAGAACCAGCAGCAGGCUGAACAAGAACACGCGCAGCCAGAGCCAUCCUCACAACAACAGCUUAACAAGAAGCUCAAAACUGCUCACCCUGCCCCGCCUUCGACCCAGAGCCAGCCCAAGUCGGUCGUCGAAUUGGACAAAUCCAAGGCGCUCCUGGUCAUCAAACAGAAACCCAUCGAACUAUGCGAAGUUAGCAAUCAGAUCAAGAAGAACCUAGUUUCUGCUACCGAAGAACUCGAAUCGUCUCGUUCAUCAAUCCUGGAGCUAUCCCCAAGUCAAAAAAAUCUGAUUGCCUGUCUAGUGCACGAAUCGGAUCGGACACUACCAGAACUAACCAAGUAUGUUCACUCAAAACUACUACCGCAAACUAAACUACUCAUCGAUGAUGAGGACGAAGAGGCCGAAAAACCUUUUGACCCCCUACCACUUCCCGUAAUCGAAUCUUCGAUUAACCAGGUCGCGAAACGCAUCAACUAUGCGCCCGUUCAAGCUGACCUUGAUUGGCUUCCAUCCAAUUUACCCAAAGGCUUUCAGAUCUGGAGGUGGGAGUGCAACGACCGAGAAGCAGUAAUUCCUUCCGACUUGAAAGAUAUCUCCAUGAAGAGAUGGGCAGAACGACAACUAAUCAAGUCUCAGGUCUUGGCGAUCCUUUCAGGUUUAGACUCUUCCGAAAGAGAAGUACUAACCAAGAAACUAAACCCCGUCAAGCGCAAGACAAAAACUAAUAACGAUGCACCAGCUGCUACACCCACUCGACCCUCGCAAGAACCUAAGUCUAAAGCUCCCAAUGCCUCCCAGGAAAUCAAAUCAUCUGCCCCAAACAGUCCGAAGACCCCUAAAGCCAACCAGUCGGAAGGCAAAGAGACGGGUGAAAAAGUUUUAACCGAGAAGGAAUUGAUCAAACAGCAGAAGGAUCAAAAACGGAAAGAGAAGGAAGAGGCCAAACUGGCCCAAGAGCGACAGAAGAAGAAGAUGGGUAACCUCCUGACUGGAUGGAUCAACAAAGCUACUCCGAACAAGAACAAACAAACCUCUAGCUCUUCCAACGCCCCAGCAACCAACCCACAAGAGGGGAUCGAAAUCACUGCGUGGUUCAAGAAUGGGAUCAAACAGCCAGUUGAUAAGGCUUCCUUAUCAGAUUUCGAAAAAACUUUUAAACCCUUCAAUCUCAAACCAACUGCUCAAUUGGCUCCAAUCAAUCGUUUUCGACCUCCUGGCGGAUCAAAUGCUACAGAUCAACAAUCCCCAACGCCAACUCCCAGAGAAUCUCUGGAACAGUUCUUGAAAUCUGUUCGUCCGACAUCUCGAAAUCCAUCGAAACAGAAACUGAUGACCAUCAGAGAGAUCGUCAAUGGGAUUGCAGAAAGCGAACUCAGUGGCUGUGUUGAAGGUACCAAAAAAUGGCGGAGGGCGUUGCAGAAUCGGUCAGUUGUACCGGUCAAAUUCUUGACGUUUCACGAGGAUGUCCGACCCGGAUACAUUGGUACAUGGUGCAAAACAUCUAGAUUGGUCAGUGGGCGAAAUCCGUUUGGAAAAGAUACAUGUUUGUUGGAUUACGAAUAUGACAGUGAAGCGGAUUGGAAUGAAGAAGAUGGAGAGGGCGAAGAUUUAGACCAGCAAUCGGAUGGGGGGAACGAGGACGGCGGGGAGGGUAUGUCGUCAGAACUCGGUGAUUCCGAUGAGGAUGGUUGGUUGGUCGGCGAUGACGACGAUAUCGAGAUGGUCGACGAUGGCGAGAAUCAUGCGAGCAAUCGUGCACUUGACUUCCAAGCCGAUGAACAUCAGCUCGUCAAGCAGAAUAAGAAGAUCACUGGCCCUACUCGCAGGAAGAUCGUCGCCCCUCUGAUCCCAGUUGUCAAAGGCCCCAUCUGGGAAGACACUCUUGGAGUCGUCUCGGCUUCAAUGUUCGAAUGUUUUCGAAUCCAGAUGGUUAAUGAUGCGCCAAUCGGAUUGAAUCCAUUCACUUAUGAGCCGAAGAGGAUCGUGAAAGUGACUAACCGUCCUCAGCUUUCGACGGUUGGGUUCAAGUCCGGACCCACGGUGUUACCCCUUCCAAAUCAACUAGAAAUGGAACCAACAGAGCGGACGUUCAAUGCAGCGAUCACGAAAUUGGCCAAUGCGAACCUGACAAAUGGCAACCACUCAACAGGCAUCGAGAACCAUCCCCAUCCACAGCAGCAACAUCAACCGAACGGUGGCAACAGUCACACUGGAACGUUCCCACUCGAAUUGAUCCCCCAUCUGAUCAAACUGGUCAACGGUACCCGUAAAGCAAAGCCUAUUUUGAUAGAAGAUUUGAAGAACGAAUUCCUCACGAACCAUCAACUCAAAGUCUCCAAACGGUCGAUCGAACAGACCCUCAGUUCGAUCGCUGUUAAGGUCGCGGGCACUUGGAGGAUCGUCGAUCUUGAUACGACUCCCCUCAACCCUCCUUCAACUUCUUCUUGA